AUGCGAGCAGAGGUGGAAGAGGCUGAGCAGUGGGCGGCCGACCUGAUGGAUGAUCGAACAGGUACAAGCAAGAAAGUUCAGGCAGCAGAGACGAUGAGGAUGAUCCCCUCAGACAUAUGCUGUGAGAUUUUGGAUCUGAAUGAAGGAGAGAAUCUCACAGGCCUGUGCAAAAGGAAGAAAAUGAUCAAGACAACAUUCUCACCAAGGGUGUCUGAGGAAAUCCCUGCGGUAGAACCUGAGGACGCUGCAGAAUUCAUGAAUGCAGCGAGUCAGGGCAAACUGAGUUUAAUCGAGAAGUAUCUGGCUGAUGGUGGGAAUCCAAAUGCCCAUGAUGAGCUGAAUAGGACAGCACUACAGCGUGCCUCCCUGCAGGGACACACUGCAGUCGUCCAAAUGCUUUUAGAGAAAGGAGCCGAUAUCAACUUUAAAGAUCAGCUGGGCUCCAGGGCCUUACACUGGGCCUGCAGGGGGGGCAGCCUGGGAGUUGUCAAAGCCCUGAAAAGCCACGGGGCUGACCUGAAUGUUAGAGAUAAGCUGUACAGCACUCCUCUGCAUGUGGCAACAAGAACAGGGCACACCGCCGUUGUGGAGUACCUGCUGUCUUGUGGGGCAAAAAUCAACUCCAGGGACAGGGAAGGAGACACAGCCCUGCACGACGCCGUGCGUCUCAACAGAUACAAGAUAGUGAAGCCGCUCAUAGUUGCUGGAGCUGACACAAAAAUAAAAAAUCAUGAGGGACUGACUGCAGUACAGCAAGUGAAACAAUGGCAGUUUGACAUCAUGGAGACGCUGCAGAGACUGGACAAGCUGAGGGAGGCGGAUCUCCCUGAAAACCCUGCAAGAGCGGAGUAGCUUCAAAAGCUACUUAUACAGUAUACUCUUUAUAAAAGGUCAAUUUGUAUGACUGUUGGUCUCAGGUUCAAAGUCCAUUCUUUAAUUCCAAACAGGUUUGUGUACUUCAUAUAUGAGUAUAUAUGCAUUAUACUAUAUGUGCACAUGAACAAAAUAUUAUUACAUUACAAACAACUUGGUCAAAACUGUUGAUAUUUGAUUCUGCUAACACUGUCUCAUAUCCAAGAGCAAAACACCGAACAAGCUCUCUCUCAACAUCUGUCCUUACAAGGCACGGCUGUUAAACCCCUCAGGUUAGAUUGGACUCUGACAUUAAAAGUUUUUAGCUUGACUGCUAGCGUGAUCUGCUAAUGUUAAAAGGUGAGAAAAAUGUAACAAAACUGAAAUUUUUAAGACCUUUUUUUGUGUUGACUUCGCUUGCGAAGAGCUUCAUGUUCCUUGGAGCGCUCAUAGGUGUUUCACAUCUGAGUUGUGAUGCCUUUGGAAGUUGAAUAACAUCAACAGCUAGAGCUGUACAGAAGCUGUGUUGAAUACACAUCGAGGCGACAGACAAGGCCAGAGCGCACAGUAGCAGUGUGUUUGAGACGUCAGCUGACGAUAGCAGAGAUGGCUGGCAUGUCCCCUGCUAAAGUCAGGGAUUCAAGGGGAGCUCAGUGGACAUAUUUUCCUUCUAUCAUCAGUGGCUCAAAUGUUCUCGAGGGAUGGUGGACAUUCACACCGGGGACACCAACAGCAUGCUUUCUUAUUUACUGUUAGUUAAUACACAUGCAGU